AUGGAACUGGCCGCUAUGGAAGAUGUAAUCAACGUUGUGGAGUUGCCCGAUAAAUCGCUUGGCGAACAAGUUAGCAAAGAGGCGCAGCCUAUCAUGAAUGGCAUCUUAGAAAAGGUAAGCCUUCUCUCUGUACCGAUGAUUCAUGAACACAUAUGUGAACAGCAGUCAUUCGGUCAAAUCCCAGAGAUUACUUUAGUUUUCUAGAUGAAAUGUAAUUGCGACACUUUGUAACCUCUUCGGAGCACCAAUCGCGAGACCUUAUUUGACAAAUUGAGGGUAUAUAGUCAUCUACGUCAAACAAGGUCACAUUCGAUUUUUCCAUUGGUAAUAACCUUUGCGACAAGUCACACUUUAAAUCUCAAAAACUAGUUCGACAAUCAAGUCAAACAGCGUUUGAGAUCAAGUUCACUUAUUCGCUUUUUCGCUCCUCUCUUUGUUUGCAUCACGUGUGAGCAGCUCUGUGGAUAAUAUGAUAAGGAAAUCAUACUUAACUUUAAUUUCGUUUUCCUCGUAGAAUUUUAUUUUAUUUUAUAAAUUUAUUUACAACUGCUAAACGUUUCGAAGUAUAAACCGACUCCUUCUUCAGUAGUAUAAAUUAUAUGAAUAACAAGUAAUUGCAGAAAAGAACACACUGUAUACGAGAGCUCAUUAAAAAUGUGCGCGAAGGGUGUUCAACAGCUGCAAAUAGUGAUGUAUAAAAGGAUGAUGUUUGGAAAUUACACUUACUGAAAUCCAGUAAUCAGAGAGAUAUGACAUACGUCUAAAAAGAUAUGUGAGAAAUAAAUAAUAAGUAUAGUAAAAGAUGAUAAGGUGAUGAUUGUGAAAGUUACAAUUGAAUAUGCAUAAAGAUGAGCAGCCAAAAUAUCAUGGUGACUAACAUUGUGGUGAAUAGAUGAAAUAACAGCUGUACAAAAAGUGAAAAUUAAAUAAUAAGUAGAAUUGUCAAAAACUAACAUAAAAUUAUUUACUGGUUGAAAUUUAUAUUUAGCUCUUGGUUGUGCUCUUAGACUAUAUUUGCCAUUUUGUUGUAAUCCUAAAAUUACUUGUUGACUAACUAUAUUAUGACUAUUUAUUUGACUAUAAUGAUGACUAAUAUGAUGACUAUUAAUAUUUGAAUUUACUGUUUUUGUUCUAAAAAGACAACCUGAUUUUUCCCUUAUUCAUUUACUGAUACUAGCUUACCACUGAUUACAUAUCACUCGUUUAUUAUUAUAUGAUUUGUUUGCUAUUGGAUGAACUGCUUCUAAUAUUUUUCUACGACGUUUACUUUCUUCCCUAUCAAAAAUUAAACUUUUCUCAAAUUGAAUACUACAACUACUGUUACUAACUAACAAGUGUUGAACUAUUUCUGACUCAUUAACACGAUGCUAUCUGACAUUCAAUGUCAAAUAGCAUCGCAACAACUUUAAGACUUUUUAUUCCAUCUCCACCAUCACUAUUUGUUUGUUAUCGGAAAAAGCUAUAAGUUCUCUGAAGAGAUAGUACCACUAAAUUCUUGAAGAAAUGUUAGAAUUGUCAGUUGAUCAGAGCAACGAAAAGUUCAAUAAAAUUACAAACAUAAAAAAAUUAAUAAGAUAAAAGUUAAUUAUGACAUUUUUCAGUAAAUGCAUACCAGAAAAGUCCACUGGUAUAGCAAAUCCAAAGGACUAGUUCGGAAUAAUUUUUUUUCAAAAACUCCACGAUUCUAGCGAAAAACUUUGGGAUUGGCCAGUGAAUGUGCCAUAAAAAAUGGACCGUGAUGGGUUCUAUUGUAUAAACUAGAGAUAAAUCAUGAUUAAAGCGUUAAAUACAGUGUCAUCUAAUACGUUUUCAGCAUCCAAUUCUUUUGAAACCAUUCUGAAAAUUUUCUCCACCAGCUGUCUGUUUUGUCUUUUUGUAAUGUGAGAACAAUGUGUUUGGGAAUACAUGGCAGAUAUUGUAGAUAAAAUAAUUCAGAAUCAUUCAGUAAUUCUUGUAAAAUUAUUGAAUUACGCAAUCUGGCCUGUUGCAAUAGCUCACUGAUUUCACCCACGGCCAAACCUUAAAAAUAUCAAAAUUUAACUAACAAAUAAGAUCCUAUAAUUUAUUCAUCCUUAAGUUAGCUGAUAGGAAACAUGUCUUUCAUCACAACUCAAAACAAAGUUUUCUUACCGACUAAUAAGUUGUUGACCAGUAUGCCCAUGAUAAUAAAAAAGAUAAUAAACAUCAAAAUGGUAAUUUGAUAAAAUCGACUUUUUUCAUCGGUAUCGUCGAAAAAUCGAUCGUCAUAAGUCAGUUCAGAUAACAUAAGUGCUAGAGUAAUCGACAAAGAAACAACCAUUUACCAAUUUCAGUCCCAUUCUGCUUACCUGAUUUCACCAGUGACAGGAAAAUGGUUUUAAAUACAACUUGGUUUCUCAUGAGCGUGUAAAAAGUGAAGCCAAAACUACACACAAGAAUGAUCAACAUCGGAAAAAACCAUAUAAAUCUUUCAACGAUCACUUCAGGCAUCACAACGUAGAUACCAAAACCGGGUAUCGAGCGUAGAUAUGCCAACAGGGUUAACCAGCCGAGAAAUAGAGCAAAUGCACCAAUCUGAAACUGUGUCGAGCAUUUUAACUGAAUCGAACUUUGCCACGGUUGAUCGUAGAGAAAGACGAAACUGAGCACUAAUGCCACAAUUUCCAUGUAAAACAGCACCUUUGUUUUGAUUCGAUAGACGCCAGCAAACAGUGCUAGACCUUUGAUAAUGUGUAUCCAAAGCAAAAUGUAUAGGAAAUAUUUCAAUCCGUUAUCAAUACUAUCUUUUUUAUAAAUGUUUUCUUCUUGAAUCUUUUUACUGACCGUUUCACAAGAAGUACUCCAUGCGAAUCCGGCUUCUUCAUAGAUAUGAUGAGGUUGAGGUGUUUUCAAAACAGCCCAUGUAAACAAACCAAGAAAUAGCGCAUAGAAUCCCAAAGAGGUCAACAGAAGUCCAACACUAAACUGUUUCAAUUUUGUGCUAUUCAAACAUCUACACACCGGAUGCUGUAGUAGCUUGCAAUAUUGAUUAGUUCGAUCGGUGUCUCGCAUAAUGAAUGACGAUUUUGCAUAUUUAGCAAUUUUCGAUAAUACUUUAUUACUCCCAAGGAGAAAAAAAAUAUCGACUAUCGGGCGAUCUAGCUAGCUAACUCAAUAUACUACCCGAUAUACCUAGCUAGCAAUUCGAAUUGGGUUAUUUACUAUCGGGCGAUAUAGCUAGCUAACACG